GUGGGGAUGGUUGGUGUUGUGGUCGACAUUUAAUCGUAAAACACACCUUUUCUCUCAACCUCCAUCGCGCUUAAUUGCCAAGAAAGACCAGCCUCCCCGCUAAGUCGAACGCUAGAAUCUCCAAAACUCUUUCAAUCGCCGCCCGAAUCAGGUCUUGCUUUUGAAUGCUUUCAUUAAGCCAAGAUCAACUUGAUAAUCAGUCGCCUGAUUAGGGCCAAAAUAGUCUAUUCUGCCAAUGAAAUUUGCCGUAAUUAUGCCGCUUAAUUGUUCAGACUUUCUCAGCAAACUCGAAAAGCUUCGUUAAACUAACCCAAGCCAAGGUCGUACAGCAACUAACUUAGCGUUGGGGAACUUUCCCAGGAAAUUUAAAUGUUACUUCAGUUCUUCUCUUAGCUACUCGGUCUUUGGAAAGACAAGUACCUAUUUCCGCAUGUGAUCUUUGCUAAUUGCUAAAAUCGACUCAAAUCGGUCGUGUUGGCCUAACGAGGCGAUAGCAAAAUCAGCUUUCCGAGUUGAAUCUUCAUUAGUAGGAAACCAGCGUAGAGAGAACAACCGCACGGCUCAAAAGCAGCGAAAACAGAGGACUUCGAAAAUGAUGACGCCAAUGAAAAGAAAAUUCGAGGAGUGUCAAACUAAUCUUGCUUCUGGGCCCCCUGAAUUAGAGGAGUUGUUGAUUUUACAACCGGCGUGCAGACUACAAGACCUGGACAUACAGUGCGUCAUUGAAGACGUCCUUCGAGGGAACCUGCGAGGAAUAAACUACAACGCUUGGGACACAGAGGCAAGGAGCGCAUUUCUGCGAGAAUUAAUAAAGCAAGAGCUACACAAGAUCGGUGUUAGGCUCGCUAACUUCACCGUUAUGGUGCUGAUCGGAGAAGCAAACGAUACGGGAAUCGAGAAAGCGAGCCACAGAGUGUGGAAACCAAAUUAUGACAGUUACACAUCAGCGUGGUAUAAGAACGCGUCUUUGUUCGCUGUUGGGACAGUAUUUGCCAACUACAGCCGUCCUUACCUUCAAGCAUAACUGAAUCUCUUUCUCGCUGCCUAAUAGUAUAAAUUCUCUUAUAUUAAAAAAAGAACUGAACCAGUUUCAGAUCUAUGGUGGAUAGAUUUCGGUCAUUUUUCACCGUCUUAAAAGAAGGAUUCAUACAGAUUUAUCUCUUUUCUUGAUGCUAUUAGAAAGACUUCCUGGAUAACUACAAGGGAAAGAAAACAAUGCCGUACAUCGGAGCCAUAUGUUGCAUUCUCACAUAUUACGAUUAGAAAUACUCUUCAAAUCUCUCGUUCACAACAGCGCUCUGAUUAAAUAAAUUACUGGAACAGUCAGUUCGUCUUGUUGUAAGAGAAGCAAAUCUUUGAGGAAAUUAACUAAAAACGUAUAAUAGCGGUGGAUGAUAUGAAUCGAUUACCAGAAACAAUAGCGAACCACACGUUCAUUAGUCCACCACAGGGAGCCAGCACAAAUGUAAAUACACCUAAGAUUGCAGAAUCCACUGAAUAAAGUAUGCAGUGUAAAGUAUCA